AUGCCAGAUAUAACUCUCGUCGAGUCUGAGAAGGGGGAGGUUAUCAAGAUGGGACCUGUUACAAUUCGCAUCCUCGAGGACGGCCGCAACACGGACAACCGCAUCGGCAGUAUGUCCCUGACCAUUCCUGGCAAAACGCCCGGUCCAAUCCUCCACUGGCACAGGAUGCACGACGAAACCUUCCUCGUCACCAAAGGCCGAAUCCGCUUCACGACCGACAAAGGGAUCGUGGACAGCAAAGCCGGGGACUACGUAAUCGUACCGACGAAAGCGAUUCAUACGUUCAGCAACCCGUUUGACGAGGAGGCGGAGUUCUUUAACACGUUUACGCCGGCGUAUUAUGUGGAUUAUUUGAGGAUGUUGGCGGAGGCUAUGAAGGGCGGGGAGAGCAUGCAGGAGAAGCAGAGGAGUAUCAUGGCGCAGUUUGCUACGUUUGAGGUUGAGGUCCCGGGGGAGGUGCCGAAGUGA